AAGGACUUGUUAUGGAGAAGAAAAUUGUAGACCAAAAAGAGUACUUGAAGAAGUACUUGGCUUCAGGAGGUACCGAUGACAAGAAGAAAAAGAAAAAGAAAAAGAUGAAAAUGGGAGCAAGAACAGUAAAAGUCAUUGAUGAUGAUAUAGACCUGAAGAAUAUGAGACCACUCGCAGAGAAUGAAUUUGAUAUUUUCAUCGAUGUAGAAGAUGCACCUCAAAUUGCUGGUGUUGUGGAUGAACGUGGACCAGUUGAUUUCACAGAUAAAAGAAGAUGGAAAAUUAUAGCAAAUGAGGAUGAUGGAGAUUUGACCAUUACUAGUGUAGAGAAAGAAAAUAAGCAAUCCAAACAAGUUAGAAAUGUUUCUGAUAAAAAUUUAAGCCUACCAAGAAAACAAAAGAAAUAUUCAGAUGAUAAUUUGUCUCCUCCAAGAGUAUCUAAAAAGCACAGAAGUGAGACACAUAAGAAAAAGGAAAGGGAUGAAGAUAGCGAUCUAAGCCCACCUAGAUUAAAAUCCAAAAAGCAUAAUUCUAAGCAUAAGACUCCAGAAAGUGAUAGUGACAAUGACAGUAGUCAAGAAAUAGAUAUUCCACAUCAUAAAAAUAAAAAAAAGCCAAAGAGGAAAGAACAGGUAUCUGAUGAUUCUGAUUUGAGUCCACCCAGAAGGACUAAAAAUUAUGAUUCAGAUUUAAGUCCACCACGAAAAAGUAAAAAACAUAAAUCUCAUAAAAUUAAGCCUAAGGAUAAAAAUGAUUCAGAUUUAAGUCCUCCCAGAAAAAGUAGGAAGGACAUGGAUUCAGAUAUGAGUCCUUUGAGAAAGAAUAGAAAAGAUUCAGAUUCUGAUGCGAGUCCACCAAGAAUUAGAAAAGAUAAAAAUUAUGACUCAGAUAAUAGUCCACCAAGAAAGAACAAAAAACAUAAACAUAGGAGAAGAGAUUCUGAUUCUGAUUUAAGUCCACAUAGAAGAAAGUAUGAAAAAAAUGUAAAUGUUCAUGUGAGUUCUAAAUACAAGAGUAAAAGUGAUGAGCCUGAUCUUAACUUAUAUAGACACAGUCAAAAUUCACACUUUGAUGAUAAAAGAACUAGGCACAAUGAUGUGGGUCCAUUAAGGCAACAUAAACACAGAGAUGAAAAAGUAGAAAGGAGUAGAAGUCAUAAAUAUUCAGAAAAGAAUUCUAGACCAGACAGGAAAUAUUAUGAUUCAGACAUGAGUCCACCUCGUAAAGGAAACAGAGAUGUGGAUACAAAUCUAAGUAGAUAUGAAGGAGAUGACAGAGAUUUCUAUAAAUCUAAAACAAAUAAAUAUACUAAUAAAUAUGAUUAUGAUUCCAAACAUCAGUCACACAGAGAGGACUUCUCAAAGUCAAGGCACAGAGAUAAUGAUGAAGAAGAUAACGAGAAACGGAUGAAAAAAACAUUAGACGGAAAAACAGCAGGAUUGCAAAAUGCUAAAGCUUUGCGAGAAGAAACAGAAGCGUACAAAAAGCGAGAAGCUGAACACUUUAGCAAGCUUAGUAAAGAUGUAACAGGAGUGGGUCAGGCUACGAUUGUACGUAAUACUAAAACCGGCAAAAGACGUAACUUGGAACAGGAAGCAGCAGAAGAUCGCGAGAAACAAAAACGACAGGCAGAAAUGGACGAAAAGUAUGCUAAAUGGGGAAGGGGCUUAAAACAAGUGGAGGAUCGUGAAGAGAGAUUAAAAGAUGAUCUGUAUGAAAUGAGUAAACCUCUAGCGAGAUAUGCAGAUGAUGUUGAUUUAGACAAAAGGCUUAGAGAGCAAGAUAGAGAAGGUGACCCCAUGUUGGAAUACAUUAAACAAAAGCAAAUAAAACAGAUGCCAGCCUAUGAAGGAUCAUUCAUGCCAAAUCGUUUUGGUGUCAAACCUGGCCAUAGAUGGGAUGGGGUUGACAGGAGUAAUGGGUAUGAAAAACGAUGGUUCGAAGCACAAAAUGUAAAGGUAGCUCGCCAAGAGGAAGCUUACAAAUGGAGCACUUCUGAUAUGUGA